GAUUGGGACACCUGAAUUACAUGAUAGGGAGGGGAUUGGGACACCUGAAUCACAUGAUAGGGAGGGGAUUGGGACACCUGAAUCACAUGAUAGGGAGGGGAUUGGGACACCUGAAUCACAUGAUUGGGAGGGGAUUGGAACACCUGAAUCACAUGAUUGGGAGGGGAUUGGAACACCUGAAUCACAUGAUUGGGAGGGGAUUGGAACACCUGAAUCACAUGAUACGGAGGGGAUUGGAACACCUGAAUCACAUGAUAUGGAGGGGCUUAGAACACCUG